CCGCAGUUAGCCAACGUCCGUUGGCAGUAUUGCUGUCUUCGGGUAUCUCCUUGGUUGACAGCUGACGCCUGACGGGGCGGUAGAAUUUUGGGUUAUGUAGUCCCGAUGGCGUUUGUGCUUGUGUCGUGAUACCCUAUGAUGGGAUCUGAAAUAGUGAGAUGUCUCGCAAAGGAGUCCCAGCACCUGGGGGUAGCAAGUCAAAGAAGAUUCCGCGGAUAUUUCAACACCGCCGAAGUGCGAGUCCGAUACAAAAUCCUGGAUCGUCAACGGAUGUCGUCACCGUCGCUGUUGCCCCAAGUCGGAUACAGUUAUUUCAUAAUCAGGAAAUUAUAUGCGAACGAAGAAAGAAGCAGAAAAAGAAGAAGCACCAGGAAAAGACAUCAUCGGUGAUUAACAAUAAUCACUAUACGCCCAAAGUUGAGCCCGAAGAUGCAGAGGAUGCGGAAACCGUAGCAAAUAUUGAAAAAUGGUUGAAAACUCGAACAGAAUCUAUAUCCAGCAUAGACUUGGAUACAUUAAAAUCAGAAGUCGAGGAAGCUUCAGGUGGCGAUGACCGCUACCUUGGCGAUGAGUUGCCGCAUACCUUUCUGGGAAAAGAUAAUGCAGAUGUUCUAGCUAUGGAUAUUGGCUUGUCUGACAAAAAACUAGCUCUUGGUUACGAUCCUAUCCUCCAGGAUAUUCGCAGUGAAAAGCUUUUUGAGGUGUGUGAGAAGGACGACUUUAUAUUGCCUGAUUUUCACCUCGAUCAAUUGGACUCCCUUGCAUUAACGCCGGAUGACAUGAUGGUCGCUGGGGAAAUUUUGCCUUCUACUAUUAGCCAGUCGGCCUUGAACACCUCAACCAUUUCACUUGGAGUGAAUACACAAAUCAGCCAGUAUUCUCAUUGCGGUAAACUGAAGGCAGAGGAAAAGGAAAAGAGAAAAACAUCAGAUCGAUCAGAAUGUAGGAUAGAAUCACCUAAACGGAUUGUUAACGUUUAUGUUGAAGCGGUUGGACAUGUAGAUGUGGAGACAGGUUCGCAUGAGAUGGUAGAAAGUGUUUUGGGUAAAGUCAAAGAAGGCUGUAGUCAAAAACCAAAGUUGAAGAGCAAAUUAGAGCCAAGGAUAAUCAAAAAGCGCAGAAAACCGUUGCCUAAAGGUGAAAAUUGUUCUUUUGGAACAUCAAAGUCGGAUGAGCAAGUGAAAGCAGCAGAAGGUAUAAUGGCCGUUGUAGCUAUAUCAACAGACAAAAUAUCAAAUAUGACGCAAAUAGUUAUUAACACCGGUAAAGAAGAGCAGAUUUAUCAAGGUAAAACGUCUGAGCUCAUCGAAGCGACUGGGAAUUUCCCACAAUUGUCUGGAAUCCAGAAUUCCUGCCAUGACAAUAACGUUGUAGAUAGUUCAACUAAUAGCGAACAUGACAUCGUGAUAUCCAAUGCUCUGGAAGAAUUGGGUAUUACUGACGAUUCUUUGGAACCUAUUUCUGCCACUGAACAUGGGAAAAUAUGGGUCUGCCCAAAAGAUGACUGCAGAAGGCAUUUUAAUAGACUUUAUGCUCUAAAGAGUCACAUUUUGUCUCACUACGGCAUUAGACCAUUCAAGUGUGACUUCAAAGGAUGCGCAUGGGCAUUUUAUUCUGAGUUCAAGUUGAAACGUCACAAAGAGACUCACCUCAAGCGCAAGGAUUAUAUUUGUGAGGUUGAGAAUUGCGGUCGCAGAUUCACAACCAUCUACAAUCUACUGACGCACAAAAAACUGCACAACCGACCCAGUAAGAUAUUCUGCCAUGUUCCAAACUGUCAGGAGAGAUUCCAGACCAAGAGAGCAUUAGAACUGCAUAUGCGUUGCCAUGAUCAACGUCAUGCACCUUAUGUAUGCAAGCAUGAAGGUUGUGAGAAAAGAUAUUACAGUAGUAAUGCUCUCACCAGCCAUCAGCGAUGUCAUAGCUACAAGGAAAUUGACGUGAAAUGCUCCUGGCCCGGAUGCGGAAAGCUCUUUGACAAACCAUGCAGGCUAAAAGCGCACAUUAGAUCGCACACGGGUUACAAGCCAUUCCUCUGUACCUUUCAAGGCUGCAACUGGGCAUUUUCAUCAUCUAGUAAGCUAAAAAGACACCAGAAGAAGCACACGAACGACAGAAAGUUUGUGUGUGAAAUUUCCUCUUGUGGGAAGGCCUUCAUGCGGUCUGAACAUCUUAAGGAACACAGACUGACCCAUAAAGAUGGAAGUUACUUUCUUUGCCAUAUGUGUGACGCAAAAUUCUCUGCAAAAAGCAGCCUGUACGUUCAUAUCAAAAGGCACCAAACGCAUAAUGCUAAAUCUUCCAUGCCAAAUACCAUUUCAAUCGACCAUGAAGCACAAGCUUCAUUCUUUCAAGGAUCACAAUCUCCGAAAUAUGAGAAUACCAUCGAAAUACAUGCUGCUAACUUAGAUGAAAAUUACGAAUCAAACAUUCAGGAAUUUGAAAAUCAGGAUGACUCUUCAAAUUUGGAUAUUAAUCUAAGUCUCGAACCAGAAACUGAGACCCCAUUAGCUUUACGUGCACACCCUGUUAGCUCGGAUGACAAUGAGAAUCUCCAUAAGUCUGCAAGGGUGGCCUACCAUUGCCCAAUAGAUACCUGUACUAAGGCGUAUACCGCUAAAUCAACUUUGAGAACCCACAUGCACAGGGUUCAUGGCGAACAAAAAACAUCAAAGAAUAACGAUAAUGAAAGCUGUGUGAAUAGUUCAUCUGGUGAAGAUUACAUAACAUAUACAGCAUCCCCAGAAUCCCAGUCAACAGAUCACAUGGUUAUGAUUGCACCACAGGAUGCUUUGGUUGUAAAUUCGUCUGCUUUGGAGAUGGAUCCACCUAGUUCUCUAGAGUUAGAAUCGCCGACGUUUAACUCAAUUCUAAAAAUAUCUGAGGAGGAUUCAAGAAGUCUUGAGCAGUGCACAGAAGAAAAGAUCCUACAAGAAAGACGUGUGAAGGAUCACGAGGGAUGUGCAAGGACGAAUUGGACGUAUAAUGAUUUCCUCCGUGCAAGAGCCAGUUUUAACUCAGUCGUUGGUGCCACAGACGUCGUUCUUGGGGCAGCUGGGCUGGUCGAAGGACUUCUGUUACCUGAAGAAUUGCCCUCUGUUUAUUAUCAAGACGAUAUUGGGAAUGGCGAAUGUCAAGUCUUGCUAUUAGAUUCCGCCCCACCGGAGAGUACGAUAAACCUUUGUGAUCUGGAGUGAAAACAAUUGAUUAUACGGUGUGUGGGGGGUCAAGAGUUAAUUCGCUUAUUAGUCACGAUUGGGCAUCACCGAAUCAAGUAAUGAUAUGAUAAAUGACAAUUAUUAAAUACGAAUUACUCUUAGACAGUGAUUUUAUAUAUGCUGGCAACGAUGUAGUAAUGGGUUCUCCUACUACAUCGUAAUGCUGGCAAACAAAUUUGUCCUAUUACGUUUAAAAUUUUAUGGUGACCGAGAAAAAAAUUUUUCUACCAUAUAAAAUAGAGCGCAACAAGGACUCAUUAUUUUAUUAAUAAAACGUUGAUAUUUUUCCACAAA